AGAUUGUAAGUAUAAAGUACUAUGUAUCUAUAGCCAAGAGUGUAAGAUAUUAUUCCUCCCGAAUCUUGGCAUGAAAUUGUACGCAGAAAUGGUCCUCUAGUUAUAGCUACAGUAUAUUACAUACUUCUUCUUCACCAGGCAAAUUGAGUAGUGUUGUUCCAAUAUUUGCAAUGGAAGCAGAGUUAGAUUUGGAUCCAGAACAGCAACAAAUGAUGGAAGGAGGUUUUUCUAGAACUAAUACUAUGCAAAUUGAUCCUAGAAGGUCUCGAUUUCCAUGCUCAAUUGUUUGGUCACCACUUCCUGUCAUUUCGUGGUUCAUUCCUUUCAUCGGUCACAUUGGUAUCUGUAGAGAGGAUGGGGUUAUUUUGGAUUUUGCAGGUCCUAAUUUUGUCUGUGUUGAUAAUUUCGCAUUUGGUUCUGCUACUCGAUAUCUUCAAGUACCCAAAGAAAAGUGUUGCAUCCCUUUAGGCCAGUCUGCAUACAAGGGUGAGGAACACUACUUGCAGGACGAAACUGGAGGUGAGUUGAGGACCUGGGAUGAUGCUCUACGGAAGAGUACUCAAGAAUUCCAACACCGAUCUUACAGUCUCUUUACUUGCAACUGCCACUCCUUUGUUGCCAAUAAUUUGAACAGACUCGGCUUCCUGUCCAAUGGAUGGAAUGUGGUGAACCUUGCAAUUUUCAUUUUACUCAACGGACGCUGGGUCAGCAAAACAUCUAUGGUGCGAACUAUUUUACCGUUUGUGGUUGUAUUUUUUCUUGGCGUCACAUUGGGAGGCUUCACUUUCUUAAAAUUUUGGUCCUUAUUCUCUUCGGUUCUUAUCGGUUGGUUCCUUCUUGGCACAUACUGUUUUAAGAAUCUGAUUCAGUUGUAGUAUCCAUUUUUCUCAUUGAUACUUUGUAUAAAAUUCCAAUGCAAUACAUUCCAAGUUUGUUUUAACCGUGUACUUUUUCUGUUCAGAUUUGAGAAUCUGAUUCAGCUGUAGUAUCCUCCUACUGGUAUCUUUUCUAUUUUGUAUAAACCUCUAAUGCAUUCACAUUUGUGAAAUAUAAUCAUAUACUUUUUGUAUUCA